AUGUAAUCAAGGUCCUUUCGGAGGAGAGGAAUUAGCUGCUGCCGAGUUACGAGUGAUGCGAUGCGAUCGGAUCCGUCAUCCAAUCGCAUCGCAUUCUCCCCCGAAUUCCACUCUGAUUUUACCGUUGCAGCCGGGAGGAUCGGGCUCCUGUAACCGGGCGGGCCCUGGGCAAGUGCCUGGGGCGGGUAUCGGGCUGGGUGCCACCGCGGCUGCAGGAGGAUCAUGGCUUGUAGCGUCUCCCUCUCGGCUUGGCUGCUUUGUGUGGGGCUGGUCGCUGCCUCUCGCCGAGACAGCCUGGAAGGGCGCACAGCCGCUCACCCACAGCAGCACUUCCCAGGCAGGUAUCCCAUCUACAGCAGCCCUAGCAACCCGCAGCAUUCCGCUUUAUGGAUUCAAACUACAGAGAGUGCCCCCCUGGCACAGACCCUGGCACAGGAUUUACCCAAACAUGUGGCUUCCUUUCUGUACAAGGGGGCUGCUGGGGAGCUGAAGGCAGCCUUGUGUUCCCAGAGCUAUGAGCUGAGCAGCCUGCCAGGGGCAUCUCCUGGGCACCCCACCUUGCUCAGGGCUGUGGAUAUUCUUCUUCAUGGCACCAACUUUUUAAACAUGAUGUUACAAAGCAAUAAGUCCAGAGAGCACAACUGGGAGAGAGACGUGGAGUGGUAUUACGCCUUGAUAAAAAGUAUCCUAGAAGGGGAACCCGCCAUAUUCAGGUCGGCCGUCGCCUUCAACGUGGAGCCCUCGUCCCACGUCCCUCAGGUGUUCCUCCGAGCCACCCGAGAGGAAGGCAAGAUACAUCUUCAAGAUCUGUCAGCGUCGGCCCAUGGCCCGGGCAAUGCCACGUGGGAACACGACUGGCUUCACACCUUCAAACACAGGUCGAGGCCCCACCUGCACAAGAGGCUUCUGCACGGUGCUAAAACUUUCGACGACGGUUGGAAGAAAGGGAAUAGCUACGUUACGGACAGGAGUCACGUUAAAUGGUCCUCGCCCUAUUUGGAGUGCGAAAAUGGGAAAUACCGCCCUCACUGGCUACUCAGCCUCUCGGCUGCGUUUUAUGGUCUAAAGCCGAACCUUGUCCGAGAAUUCAGGGGCGUUCUAAAAGUGGAUGUAAACCUUCAAAACAUCGACAUUGACCAGUGCUCAAACGAAGGCUGGUUUUCUGGAACGCACAGAUGCCAGCACAACAGCUCAAAGUGUAUACCAACGAAAGGUCUUGGAUUUGUUCUCGGAGCCUACAAAUGCACUUGCAAGGCUGGUUUCUAUUAUCCCCAUGGCAUGUUUUCAGAGAACGGCUUUCAAAGGCCGAACAUGGUUAAUCAUUUUCCAAGAGGAGAAAUAUCUGAGGAAGAAUAUAAGUGUCUUCCCUGCAGGGAAGGAUGUUCUAACUGCACAGAUGAUGCUCCCUGCUAUGCACAAGAGGACAAGUAUUUACGGAUUGCUAUCAUCUCCUUCCAAGCUUUCUGUAUGCUCUUGGACUUUAUAAGCAUGCUAGUAGUUUACAGCUUUCGCAGAGCAAAGAGUGUUAGAGCAUCAGGACUGGUUCUGUUGGAAGUCAUUCUUUUUGGGUCACUUCUCCUAUACUUCCCAGUCGUCAUAUUAUAUUUUGAACCCAGCACUUUUCGAUGCAUACUUCUCAGAUGGGUUCGACUUUUGGGCUAUGCAACCGUCUAUGGAACAGUGACACUCAAGCUAUACAGGGUGCUGAAGGUGUUUCUGUCUCGGACUGCCCAGCGCAUUCCCUACAUGACAAGCGGCAGAGUUAUCCGGAUGCUGUCUGUCAUUCUUUUAUUAGUUCUGUGGUUUCUGGUAGCCUGGACUUCAGCAGUGUGCCAGAACAUGGAUAGAAACAUUCCAUUAAUUGUUCAAGGAGAAACAUCAGAUAACCUACAAUUUAAAAUGUGUCUUAUAGACCGCUGGGAUUAUAUGAUGGCUGUUGCUGAAUUUCUUUUCCUCCUGUGGGGGGUGUACCUCUGUUAUGCAGUUCGGACAGUUCCAUCUGCUUUUCAUGAGCCCCGUUACAUGGCUUUUGCAGUCCACAAUGAGCUUAUUUUCUCAGCACUAUUCCAUACCAUAAGGUUUGUUCUUGCAUCAAAACUUCAACCAGACUGGAUGCUGAUGCUGUUUUUUGUACACACUCACCUGACUGUGACCGUAACAGUCGGACUGCUGCUUAUACCUAAGUUUUCACGGUCACACAACAACCCCAGAGAUGACAUAGCAGCCGAGGCAUAUGAAGAUGAAUUAGACUUGGGCAGAUCUGGCUCAUAUCUCAAUAGCAGUAUCACUUCUGCAUGGAGUGAACAUAGCUUGGAUCCUGAAGAUAUAAGGGAAGAACUUAAAAAACUAUACACCCAACUGGAGAUCUAUAAGAGGAAGAAAAUGAUUGCAAAUAACCCUCAUCUUCAGAAAAAGAGGUGUUCCAAGAAAGGACUGGGGAGAUCAAUUAUGAGGCGAAUUACAGAGAUACCAGACUCCGUUAGCAGACAGUGUUCAAAAGAGGAAAAAGACACUACAGAUCAUGGCAACCCCAAAAACAAUGUUGGCAGCAGUAAAAAACAUCCUCAAGAAUCUGUAACGCAUAAUGCGAAAUCAAAGGAGGAACCCUCAAAACAUAAACUGUAUUCUAUGAAAAAGUCCCAUAGUAGCUAUGACCAUCUGAGGUCUGAAAGUGAUACUCCCAACGGAAUUUCCACCGAGAAAGUAGAUGUAUGUAAAAAUUCAAUAUAUAGCCCUGUAAAUGGGAAGAAGCCUAAUAAAAAUGGUUCAGAGCUUGAAGCAGUAUCUGCUGACAAUGUUCCUUUGGUUUGCAAAUCUGCCAGUGCUCACAAUCUGAGCGUGGAUAAGAAGCCUUUGCAUCCCAGCUUGUCUGUCUUGCAAAAAUCCUUAAGUGCAGUCGCCAACUCUAAGGAUAACAGCUUGGGACUAAGGGACAAAACACAAAGUGUAGAAGACACUGAUAAAUGCCAUAGAACAGACUCUGCGUACCAUGAGCAUCAACCCUCCGUAGCUACCUUUGACAAAGAGGAACGUCAGCAGCAUACAUCAAGUCCUAUCGAGGAGAUUCAGAAACUCCACAAAUCUGGAAUAAUGAAACAACAAGCAAUGAGCCCGCAUUUACCAGAAUCUGAAAAAUUUAUCACUGCUAUGGGAUACAAAGAUAAGUUUGACAUUGAAGAAGUGUGCCCAUGGGAGAUGUAUGAUCUUCCCCCCUCUGUGCCUUCUGAGAAUAAAGUUCAGAAACACGUUUCAAUUGCACCACUGGAAUCAGAAAAGAAUCACACAUCUCGCUCAAAAAGUAAAUCCCACAACCGUUCCAAAAGCGGUGAGCAUGGACAUCAGCAAUCGAAGCAAAAGGGGCACACAAAAACAGAGCCAAAUAUUAGGGGAACGCAAGAACAGCUCUCAAAGGAGGAACAGUUCAAGCAACUUCCUACUAAUGAUGCUAAUACAAUGGAUCAACAGGCAGCGACAAAACAAACAACGAAAUCACAUGAAAAAGAGGGCAAAAAAAAUAUUGCACUGGUUGAAGGUGUUUUAACCUCACCAGAACCCCACCAUAAUUCUAAUAAUAACUUGCCACAACCUUUAGUUUUGAGGGCUGAAGUUUGUCCCUGGGACUUUGAAAACCCCGAUGUUUUAAGUGUAGAAAAAAGCAAGACUUCGCCUACCACUACUGUUCUAAGCCCAACAUCACCAUCAAGAAACAUGGCAACCUCUCCUUUGAAAAAGAAGGUCCUUGGGAUGCCAAUAAAAGUUACAUCUGCAAAUAAAGACGCAGGAACUAAGACAAAAGAUUUGGAUCCUCUGGGAUCAAUGCUUAAGAUCGAUAAAUCGAAAAGUGCAGAAGUGUGUGCUUCUGCAGGGGACAUGACUCUGGGAGUGGAAACAAACAAAGUGAAGAGUUCUUCAAACGAGCAUGGUAUAGACAGAUGCAGGUUAGAAGAAAUAUGCCCUUGGGAGAGCCUCUCUCCUUCACAGUCGGAGCAAGACACACUAGCAUCAGAUGCUAAACACAACACAACAAUGCAAGGUUCAAAUAUGGUGGAAAUCUGUCCAUGGGACUUUGAAGAUGACAGCAAAGGGAAAGAAGGAUGAUUGACAUCCUUUUCACAGAAGACUCCUUCAUUAAACAGUAGUCGAACUGAAAGCGAGAACUAGUCUGUUCACUUGACAUAUUUAACCUUAAUAGCACUACUACUUUAAUGCAUCCCAAAAAUACAUUUUAUAAAAAUGACUGCUUAUCAUUUUCUUAUUAGCGUCUAUGUUUCUUGUACACCGUUGUGUCUCAUAGUAAAGCAUUCCAGAUUGUAUAAUAA